AUGGGGCCUGGCACUGUCGCCCUGCGUGAGAUCAGGCGCUACCAAAAGUCCACUGAGCUGCUGAUCCGUAAGCUGCCUUUCCAGCGCCUGGUGCGUGAGAUUGCCCAGGACUUCAAGACUGACCUACGCUUUCAGGGGGCUGCUAUUGGUGCACUGCAGGAAGCCAGUGAGGCAUAUCUGGUGGGCCUGUUUGAAGACACCAAUCUGUGUGCCAUCCACGCCAAACGUGUCACCAUAAUGCCCAAAGAUAUCCAACUGGCCCGUCGCAUCCGCGGAGAGCGCGCCUGAUCUCCCACAGCCACAGAGCAGCUGUCUUUCACAUGGAGGAAAAAAAGUCUAUACUCUUCCAUCUCACUUGGUAGUGAUGAGUGUUGGAUUUAUUCCAUAUGGAAUGUGACAUUGAUAUUUAUUUAGCUACAUUUAAAGUGGGUUGUUGGAACUGGGGGGCGGGGUGGUUAGAUAGUUUUACAUUUGCAUAUGUAACGGAUGUUCCAUUGUUUCAUU